CUUUCAAAUUUCACUACCAAAGCUCCAUAGUGCACCUUUAAUGUGUGCUCCACUUAAGUCUCAGUUUAAAACAUUUAGGCUAUAUUCAAUCCUGAAUUUGUGACAUCACAUACAGUUUCUAAGCCUGUUGUCAGAUCUAAAAAUCAAAUCAAUAAGUUAUUAUAAAUAAAUGUCAGGUAGAAAUCAACAUACUUAAUAAUGAGCCUUGUUUUAAACUUGUAUUACAUUUCAUUACCACUUCAUAGCAAUCAACCUUUUAUUUCUUCAGGACACAGGCCUUUACUCGGGAGGAAUCAGGAUAUUAUGCAAAUUUUAGCAGAGCAUUAUCAAAUGACGCCAAAAGUGAAAUAUCUUGCAAGAAAAUUGAUGAGCUGCCUGAACUGAAAGACAUUGAGGAGCCUGUCUACGUCAACAUGAAGGACCCACUGGAUCGUGUGGAUCAAAGUGUGGAUCACACUAACAACAUAUAUGGAAAUGUAGAUUAUUCACAGUAGAAGAAGAGCUGUAUGUCAGGAUAGAUAUAACAUUGCGACUUUAUGUGUCAUUAAAAUUGAACAAGAUAUUGUAAUUAAUAGUUUGUUAAGUAUGGAGUAUAUAACAUUUUAGUGUUGUUAUAGAUUAAAAGCCGUUGUUAUGAUAGUAUUUUGCUCACUAGCAGGGCUGCCCAAGCGGGGGGGGGGGGGGAGCUUUCUGGGACCCAGCUGCUUUGGGGCCCAAAUAGUCCAGUUGUAGAUUCUUAAUAUAAGCAAUUAAAAUAUAUACAUAUAUAUUGAACUCAAAUUCUCACUGUUCAGUUCAGCGUGCACUGUACGAUUUAGUAAAAGUUCACAAUGUGUAAUCAGACAGGGUUGAAAUUAGAUUGUAUUUCAGUUGUCUGCAUGGCUCACAUGCAGACUCAACCACUGAACCACAGCCGUCCCCUCUUACAUAGACUUAAAAAAGCAAUACUUCAUGCUUUAAAAUCUGUUGUUUUUGCUCCCCAAAGUAUCAAUGGAUAUUAGAUUAACAUUAGACUAUCAGUCAGAGUAGCAUAGAAAAUAUUGCAGAAGUGAAAUAUGCUUCAAGAGUUCAUACAGACCUGCAAUUAAAGGUCACCUUAAAAACGUUUAUUUGACAUAACCAUCAUCUUUUCGUUACUUUAUUUUGGUUUUUCAUUCGGCAAACCAGGCUGGCAGUCAUGCUUACAUGUAUCUGUGUCCACAUAGCUCAACUUAAAUGUGUCACUAUUGAGCUGGUGGGUAACAUAUUAAUGUCAAACCUAUUAAAAUAUAACACAACUUGUUCAUUUAAGAUUUGCCUUGAAGAGUAUAACAUCUUCUAAUUGUUUUUUAUACUAUGCACCUGUCAUUGUACGUGCUGUGUUUCACCACCAAGUGUGGAAGGAAAUGAUGUGAAACAUUUAGCACAUCAGUUUUGUAAGUUUUUUGUAACAUCCCUUUACUGGACUUCUGUUAUUCUGUGUACCAUGACUCGAUAAAUAUCAGGUCAAGCAAUAACACUCUAUUUUUCCUCAUCUUUCUCAAUAUAUAUGCAGAUUUUACUUCCUGUUUCAUUUCUCCUCAGACUUCUGUUUUUUUCUGAUAUAAUGUCUUUCUUGUAAACAAACAACUUAAGAACUGUAAAGUACAAAAUAAUAAAGGGUUAAAUAUGUUUGUUUUUGUCUGUCCUUAAAGAUCGACUGUAUCUACUCUUCUUUUAUUGCAUGCUCUCCGCUAACGGCGCACUAAACUCAGCAAUAUUAGUUGGCUGUGUUAAAGCCUGCAUUAAAAAAAGGAGAGAGGAAGUAAGUGAAGCUGUUUAUGUUUUCUGUCUCUUUUGGGGCGGUUGAAAACUGUUUGUGCUUUCGAUGAUAUAGUCACACUUUUACUGAAACUUGGAAAGUGCUAGAACAUGGGAGUGGCAUGUGUUUAUAUCUGAAUGUGCUGCUAAAUCAUCAAAUGAGAAUAUUUUAUUGAUCAUGCACAUGUUCUGAUGGAUCUAACAAUUGGAAAGUUUUUUCUCUCUCAGUUUUAAAAUAUUUUUUAGUUACACCAACAAAAAGCUGUCCUUUAGGAGAAGUAUUUAAUUUUUCUUUAUAGAGUUUAUAAGAAUAUAGAAACACCAAACAAUGGAGGCGGAACACUUGACCUUGGUUUGUUUUAGUCUCCUGUGUUCUUGACACUGGCCUAUCACCAUAGCUGAGACACUUUUGUCUCAAGCAGCUGUUUCUAGAGUCCCAUGCUGAAAUGUUGGCAUAGAUCUUUCACAGUAAAUGAGUCUUCCUUAACCAGAAUGAUUCUUUGAAACUAUACUAAGUAAGAAGCAAAUGUCCCUUAUUAACGACAAACAGAUUGUGUUGCUACCAACACUAACUAGUAAAGAAUAAAACAGUUUUAACAGAAAACUGAUUAAGCAAUAUAUUUUUUGUGAUAUGAUGAUCUCAUUUGACUGAACAUCAAAUGACCUAAAAUGCAUGCUGUGUAUGCCUGAACAGCAAAACUAUAACAUUUAAUCUAUGUCCUUGUUGCACCCAUGAAAAGACCAGGACUCUGUCUUCCGUUUGGCAACUUUAUUCUUCCCGGUGCUGUAUUUUUUUAUGAUUAUCUCUCUUAAGAAGCAUCGGGUCCUCACAACAAAAACGGCAUACAUGCGCAUUAUCUCUUGACCACCACCUCGACUAUCUACGUCACCUCUGCACGCAGGCCGAUGACGUCAUAUAUCAAAACCCAAAAUUAAAAGAAUUAUGAACAAUUUUUUAAUUUCUGUGUAAACUAACAUGACAUUACAGUACCUGUAUGGUUUUUUUUAUUAACAAAUUAAACAAAUGUGAAAUAAUAUUAUAUACAGUACUUUCUAACUUAUAGUAUAGUGUGCUUUCUUCUGUCAAAUUGAAUUGCAUUCAAAUAUUUCUAGGUCGCAACAUCCUUGUAAGAAACUGUUGUAAUCACAGAAACGUUCAAUAGAAUGUGGGUUUGUGGUACUCUUUAAACUGCUUGUUUUCUCUGGCUUGGCCUUCAUUGGUAGGCUUGAGGGCUUUUAAAAAUGUCUGUGUUGAUAUCAUGUGAUGAUUUCUUCCACACAACACUCCUUUGUUUCUCAAAGUUUUUACUUAUCUCGUGUUUUCUUUUUAUCUCGAGAACAGAAAGUGUUGCUUCUGUACUUUACUGGAACUCGCUGCAAAUUAUUUUUUCUCUCAUUCAUUUGGUUGUAGAAAAACAAAAUCAAAGCUACAACAAAGGUCAAACCAUGAGAAAGCGAUCACAUAAAUUGCAACAAUAUCUUUCUCCUGGGCUACUGUUGUAACCGUAUAAAUGCCAACUCACACAAUGAGUUAAACGUUUUAGGUAACAUUUGGUUACACCUUCAAUUCUGAAGGGCAAAUCCAGACAAUAAAUAUGAAACCCAAAGACAAUGAUCAAAUCUAAGGAGCUCUGAGAGUGAGAAAGGAUUCGAAGGUGAGUGGGUUCUUUACAUACAAGCAAAUGAAUACAAAGACAGACUCAAACAUUUUCAUUGUCUUUAUGCUGAUUUAAGUCGAAGAAUUCUUCUUUCUCAUCAGAGAUGGAGCUGAAGUUGGGGAUUUCCUUUCUGUCUUUACUUGUGAUCCUACAUUUCGAGUCCUCUCAUGGACAAUGGGCGGCCAUUGUACCACCAAAGAUCUCCGCCGUGCAGGGCUCCUGUGUGGUUAUUCCUUGCUCCUACACUUACCCCAAGCGAGCCUCAAAGGAGAACCUGAACAGGUGGAUUGGAUUCUGGAAAAAAAAAGCAACUAUCAUCUCUACCAAUCUCCCAAAAUGGAAACUGCCUACUAAGUACAGAAAACGGACUCUGUUUUUGGGAAAUUUGCAAACACAUAAUUGCACCAUGAUGCUGGACGGUGUCAGGAGGACUGACACUGGCCCUUUCUACUUCAGGAUUGAAUUGCCGCAGUACGGAAGAAGCUACUCCUACACAAAGAAUGAUGUGACCAUUGAUGUUAUGUCGAAUCCUCCAGUACCAUCUCUGUCUGUGCAGGUGAGAGAUAAAAUAACUGCCUCCUGCUCGGUGUCUCACUCCUGCCCCUCGUACCCUCCUCAGUUCAUCUGGAGUCACCCCGGAAUCGUCACUCUGCGAUCGAAGAAGCUGAAUAUGUGGGAGUGGGAGACUGUGUCAACCGUGACUCUUAAGCCUCUGCCCAUUGACUUCAAUAAGAAUUUAACAUGCACAGUGAAGUACAGAGGAGGGAAGCAGGCCAGGAACUCAGUGUCAGUGUAUAACCAAAAUAUCACACCAAUAGUUUAAUGUCUCUGUUUGUGUUUUUCAGAUGACAUGCUUUGGUUUGACAACACAGAUUCUGACCAAAAGUAAAUUACUGAACACAAACUAUAUGUCCACACAGUGAGUUAAGAGACACAAUCAGACAGUUCAGAAUUUGACUUCACUCUAACAUCAUUUGAAUGAGCAGAAAUCACCUUGAUCAUCUUAGAAUGUAUCACUUCAUAUUUGCUGUUGUGGAAGAUCAGUUUUUUCUUUUGAUGUGAUAUUGUUGUGUCUGAUUAAUAUUGUUUUAAUAUUAUAUGAUUGUGUCUGAUUAACAUUAAAUAAUCCAAAUGUAA